AUGUAUGCGAUGUCUAUUAGUGGAGAGGGUGCUCAGUACUUGCGUGUUCCGCCCGACCCGGGCAUUCAGGCCAGUCCGGCUGCCGCUCUAGGUGCUAGUGCGUCUGCUCCCACAGGUCCUGGUGAGGCCGCUGCUCUAGGUGCUCGUGCGUCCGUGCCCCCUGGUACUGAGUCGACUGCAGCACUGCACACCUUCACACUGGACUCAGGUGCUUCUCGCUCCUUCUUUCGUGACCGCACUGUCCUUGAGCCACUCGCUCGGCCAGUUGCUGUCUCCCUUGCUGACCCCUCUGGGGGUCCGGUCAUUGCGACCUCCUCCACUGUCCUUCCUUGUCCGGCGGUCCCGUCCGGCACGCUGUCAGGUCUUUAUCUCCCCUCGUUCUCUACGAACUUGGUGGCAGGUAGUGCGCUCCAGGACGGGGGUGUUCACCAGUUCACCCCUGCCUACGAGCGCGUGACACACUGCACGUGUGCUCGGACGGGUCGCCACCUGGCUACCUUCACUCGGGAGCCGGGGUCGGACCUUUACACACUGACCACUGAGUCCCCUCAGGUAGCUGCGUCCGCGUCUGCGUCUGCGUCAGGUCAGCUGUCCGCCCCCUGCUCGUGUCGCUCUCUGGCGCAUGAGACGGUCCUUUGGCACCACCGCCUUGGUCACCCGUCUGUGCAGCGCCUUCGGGCCAUGCACAAGCGGGACCUUGUUGCUGGUCUUCCCAGGGUGCUCCCUCCCCUUCCCGUCUCGCCUGCUCCUCCCUGUAUUCCCUGUGUCGAGGGACGGCAGCGCGCCGCUCCUCACUCCUCCUCCUUUCCCCCGACGACUGCUCCCUUGCAGACGCUCCACAUGGACGUGUGGGGCCCAGCCCGCGUCCGUGGUCAGGGUCAAGAGAGGUACUUCCUGAUUGUUGUUGACGACUUCUCGCGCUACACCACGGUCUUCCCCUUGCGCGCCAAGGGUGACGUCCCUGAUGUCUUGAUCCCUUGGAUCCGCAGAUCUCGUCUCCAGCUCCGUGAGCGUUUCCGCUCCGACUUCCCUGUCCUGCGUCUGCACUCUGACAGAGGUGGGGAGUUCUCCUCUGGCCUAUUGGAGGCCUUCUGUCAGCAGGAGGGCAUUGAGCAGUCGUACACGCUUCCGGACUCUCCACAGCAGAAUGGGGUUGCUGAGCGCCGCAUUGGUCUGGUCAUGGAGGUCGCCCGUACCUCCUUGAGCCAUGCGGCUGCCCCCCAUUUUCUGUGGCCGUUUGCAGUCCGAUACGCUGCACAUCAGCUCAACCUCUGGCCCCGUGUCUCCUUGCCCGAGACUUCUCCGACACUGCGUUGGACGGGAGAGGCUGGCGAUGCGUCGCGUUUUCGGGUCUGGGGAUCCCGAGCUUUUGUCCGCGACACGUCCGCGGACAAGCUCUCCCGUCGCGCUGUCCCCUGCGUCUUCCUUGGCUUUGUCCCGGACGCCCCUGGUUGGCAGUUCUACCACCCCACCUCGCGGCGUGUCCUGGCCUCUCAGGACGUCACUUUUGACGAGUCUGUCCCCUACUACCGCCUCUUCCCCUACCGCACUGCCCCGCUCCCCCCCCGCCUCUCUUCCUCGCUCCAGGUAGACCCGGGUGAGCCUGUCGAGGUAGCUGUUGACUCUCGUCCUGCUGCGGGUGCUGAGCCUGGGGGUGCUGCGUCUGGGGGUGCUGAGCCUGGGGGUGCUGCGUCUGGGGGUGCUGAGCCUGGGGGUGCUGCGUCUGGGGGUGCUGAGCCUGGGAGUGCUGAGUCUGGGGGUGCGGAGCCUGGGGGUGCUGAGCCUGGGGGUGCUGAGCCUGGUGGUGCGGAGCCUGGGGGUGCUGAGACUGAGCGUGCUACACCUGGAGGAGCCCUCUCCUCCCAGCAGCUGCAGGAGAGGUACCUCGAGUACUGCCGCCUCCGGAGAGGUGCUUCUGGAGCUCGUCCCGGUACUUCCCCUCCUACCCAGGAGCUCCCCCCCAUUCAGCAGAUCCGCGAGUGGUACACACGGCGCUGCAGUCUUUGGAGUGGUGCUCCUGGUGCUGCGGACCCUGGGGGUGGCGCUGCUGCUGGUGCUGCGGACCCGCCUGGUGGAGCUGCUGCUGGUGCUGAGGACUCGGACGUUGGAGCUGCUGCUGGAGCUGAGGACCCGGGCGGUGGCGCUGCUGUAGGUACUGAGGACUCGGACGGUGGAGCUGCUGCUGGACCUGAGGACCCGAGCGGUGGCGCUGCUGCUGCUGCUGAGGACCCGGGCGUUGGAGCUACUACUGGUGCUGAGGACCCGGCCGGUGGAGCUGCUGCUGGUGCUGUUGACCCGGCCGCUGGAGUCUCCUCUGCUUCUGAAGACGCUGCGCGGCCGCGACCGUACUUCGUACCGCUCCUUCAGCAGGUUCUUGGGCAGGCUCCUCCUCCUUGUCCUCCUCCCUCCGUAGAGUGUCCUCUGCCUGUCCAGUCGCAGUCACAGUUACCGCCUACCUCGCCUCUCCCUGCUCCCUCUCCUUACACUGGUCCCACAGGAGGUCUUACAGAGCGUCGUGAGCCUGAGUCUCGUCCUGCGUCGCCUGUUCGUCCUGCUCGCACUGGUCGUCGUGUCCGUCGUGAGCGUCCUCCUCCUGUCCCAGGCACUCACUACAUGACUCUGCGUCCCUCUACUGCUCCUCAGCGUGUCCCUCUACCGUCUCCUCCCGCGUCCUCUUUGCCUACCGUUCCGGACCCUGAGUCUGACCGGUACCGUGCUGAGCACCCUACUGUCACGCGUCUCCUCGCUACUGUUGUCACUGACCCUACCUUUGAGUCCUCGACUGCGUCUGCUCUGGUCGCUGAGUUUGUUGACUUUGCUGCUGCCUGUCGUCUAGACUACGCUGCUAGCCUUGUUGCUGAGUCUGAGUCUGUCUGUCCUCCGUCCGUCGGGGGUGCGUGUGCUCUUGGCACGGACGUCCUUGAGGACAGACAAGAGGAGUUCCAGUGUCUUGCUGCUGCUUUGCCCCGUCUCGUGUCCUUGCUAGUUGCCCCUGAGGGAGACCCGGAUGCACCAGACAUCCCGACCCCACGCACUUACGCUGAGGCGAUGGCGGGUCCCUACUCCUCUCAGUGGCAGACAGCCAUGGACGCCGAGAUGGCUUCCUGGAAGUCCACACGCACCUACGUCGACGAGGUUCCCCCUCCUGGGGCGAACAUCGUCAGUGGCAUGUGGAUUUUCAGGGUGAAGCGGCCGCCGGGCUCUCCGCCUGUCUUCAAGGCGCGUUACGUGGCUCGAGGCUUCAGUCAGCGAGAGGGAGUUGACUUCUUCCAGACCUUCUCCCCCACCCCGAAGAUGACUACUCUUCGGGUGCUGCUGCACAUAGCCGCUCACCGCGACUACGAGCUUCAUUCACUUGACUUCAGCACUGCUUUCUUGCAGGGCAGCCUGCACGAGGAGAUCUGGCUGCGCCGCCCACCUGGCUUCACUGGGUCGUUUCCUCCUGGUACCCAGUGGAGGCUUCAGCGGCCGGUCUACGGUCUCCGCCAGGCUCCGCGUGAGUGGCACGACACACUGAGGACUACACUUGCGGCUCUUGGGUUCGCGCCUUCUACAGCUGACCCGUCGCUGUUCCUGCGCACCGACACUUCGCUGCCGCCGUUCUACAUCCUCGUGUACGUCGACGACUUGGUCUUUGCCACUGCUGACACUGCAGGACUCGCCUACGUGAAGUCGGAGCUGCAGAGGAGACACACAUGCACAGACCUGGGUGAGCUGACAAGCUAUCUUGGCUUGCGGAUCACCCGGGACAGAGCACGGCGCACCAUCACCCUGACUCAGUCACACAUGGUGCAGCAGGUUCUCCAGCGCUUUGGCUUCACGUACUCCUCGCCUCAGUCCACUCCUCUGCCUACCGGUCACUCGCUCUCAGCUCUGCCUUCGGAUGAGUCCGUAGAGCCGAGUGGCCCGUAUCCAGAGCUUGUGGGCUGCCUCAUGUACCUGAUGACCUGCACUCGACCUGACCUUGCAUACCCUCUUAGCAUCCUUGCACGCUAUGUCGCUCCUGGCCGUCACAGGAAGGAGCACAUGGAUGCCGCUAAGAGGGUGUUGCGCUACUUGUGCAGUACGUCGGGCAUGGGGCUUGUGCUUGGAGGGCGAGACCGAGUUGUGCUCACAGGGCACUCAGACGCUUCUUGGGCAGACGACCAGGCCACUCAGCGGUCGUCUCAGGGUUACACCUUCAGCCUUGGCUCUGGCUCAGUUUCUUGGCGCUCUACACGCUCUUCUUCUGUUCUCGGCUCCAGUUGUGAGGCUGAGAUCUACGCUACAGCCAUGGCUGCCCAGGAGCUACGCUGGCUGACCUACCUGCUGACUGACCUCGGAGAGCCGCCUCGUUCUCCUCCAGUACUGUACGUCGACAACAAGGCUGCCAUUGCCUUGUGUGAGGAGCACAGACUGGAGCACAGAACGAAGCACAUCGCCCUGCGGUACUUCCUUGCUCGAGAGCUGCAGCAGCGCGGUCAGCUUUGUAUUCGCUACGUGGCCACUGAGGCCAACACUGCUGAUGUGUUCACCAAGGCGCUUCAGCCUCGUGACCAUCAGCGCUUCUGCACUCUACUAGGCCUUGUGCCUACUGGACCUCACUUGCUUACCUCUUGA